AUGGCCGGUUGGCUGAUCGUCUACACGUGUCAUUUAGUGUUAGGGCUGCUUGUGCAAGGUUUGGAUGUACAGGGGCAGCCGCAGAGAGGACACAAAAUCUGCAGUUCAUACGGUUACCAAUUAGUAGAAGGAAUAUUCGGCAAAGAGACACAUUGGCUCUGCUUGAAGCUUAAAUCCAUAGGUUCGUCACCUCUUACAACCCAACAAACGGCGUUGCUUGUCGAUCCUGAGCCUGACGAAGUCCAUCAAGGAGGAUACUUACUUGCAGAUAUAAUGAUGGCUUACGGUUUUCCCGUAGAGGACCCGGGAGCUGGUUCAGCUGAAGGGUACAUUGGAGAGGAUCAUCACUUUUAUGGUGUUUUACAUUUAGGUAAUCGCACACUCCACGCAGAUCCGUACGGCAAGGACGACCCUCACAAAUUCUUCGGCGCUUUCGAGAACGACAACAUGGCGGCGCCCGUACGUCCGCGUCGCGAUCAUAACCAGCAAGAAGACAUUAGACCAACCUUCCCGUACAAAAUAGAAGAGCACAGUCGUAUGGUUGGCAUAGCGACCGCCAGGAUAUGCGAUCUGCUACUAUUGGCCGAUAAGCAAUUCUUCGAGAAGGACGCGAACUCCAGCCUGAACCACGUAGUGCGCAGGAUGAUGCAUGCAGUCGCUCAAGCAGAUAUCAUAUUUAGGAAUGCUGACUUCGACGAGGAUGGUACCCCUGAUAACAUUGGUUUUUCGGUAAAGUAUAUACUGGUGUUGACGUCAAAUGAAACAAACGCCCGUGUGUUCGGCGACCUGCUGAAAGAUAAUGCCGUCGAUGGAAGAAACUAUUUAAUGCGUUUUGCAAGGCUCCGUAGGUUGUCCGAAGUUUGUCUGGGCGUAGCUUUCUCUGGACAUGUAUUCCAUAACAGAACUCUUGGACUGAGUUUCACGUCGCUAGGCGGCGGCAUGGGUGGCGCAGCUGGUGGCCUAUGUGACCGGCGCGCAUACGGUCGUUCGUUCAACACCUUGGCCCUGGCGCACGCUACCGCCGAUGACAAGGAGCGCGUACCUGAACGUAUAGCGGCGCUCACCCUCGCUCAUGAAAUGGGUCACAGUUUUGGUGCUCAUCACGACGACAACUUCCCGAACCCAGAAUGUCAUGGCUAUCUGAUGAGCUCUCAAUCCUCUACGACUGAAAAUGGCCACAAUCUGGAAUUCUCGCUGUGCAGCAAACGUCUCAUUGCAGCAACUCUCAGCAGCAUGAGUUACUGCCUCAUAGAGCAGGACAGACCUUACUGUGGCAAUGGUAUAGUGGAAGAAGGAGAGGCAUGCGACUGCGGUCUGCCCUCUCACUGCAGCAACAGAGACCCGUGUUGCACGCCAAGAGCUGGUGGAGCGCUUAUUUACGAAGAAGGAGCAUUGCAUAAGGAAGGAUGCUCAGUAGCACCAUCAGCUACGUGCCAUCCGUCACAAGGGAUCUGUUGCAACGCGGACUGCCAGUAUGCGGAUCUUACACGAAGCGGAAUAGACUGCAGUAUGCAGUAUGAAGAGUGCAAGUGUGUGAAUUCGUCGGUGUGCCACUGCGGUCUGGGCGGGCGGUGCCUGCCGGACGGCUCUUGCCACGCCGCGGAGUGCGCCACGCUUGGGCUACAAGAGUGUCGGUGCCCGAAAAGAGGAGCGGGAGGCACUGUAGGAGAGAGCAACAUGUGCGGCAUCUGCUGCCAGCUGCGGCGGAGCGACGGCUCUAGUGGGGGGAAGUGUGUAGGCGCAGAGUUCGCGGCCCGCGAUGCAUUGGUCACGCGAGGGCUGCCCGACGACUGGCCCGAUGAGGACUAUGCAGGACCGAACGUGUCUAUACGGCUAUGCAACCGCGGGACGUGUAGGACUGUGCAAAUACGUGCAUGGCCGCCGUUCGGGCCGUGCAUAUCGCGUAACGUGGUAGGAACUUGUUCAGCGAGAGGCGUUUGCGAACACGCAGACUAUAUGCCACGGUCUAACGUGUACCCGGACACUAUGAACGUAAUGGUCAAACAAAGCAACGGCUCUGAAAAGUUGGUUAAAAAUUUGCUACGAUUUCUCUUGUGUUUAUUUAUUUUGAGAUAA